AUAUUAAAGGAACAAAAAUUUCAGAUAGCUUAGAUAUAUUUCAUAUGGAAGUCACUGGCCCUCUAUGUAAUGCUACCGAUAAGCAUACUAUGGAUGCUCGACUAACUCUAUAUGCUUUAAGUAUUCUUCCUGAUAGCCGUUCUGAACUUGCCACUGCUGUUAUACUUUUCAGUUUUAAUGGUCGAAGCCAAUACAAAGGAGUUCUUAACAUGAUGGCUAACUUCCAUUCCGAAAUUACUAAACAGGAAGAAAUAAUGAAAGAAGUUAAUCGGUUUGUACUUCGGCCUAAAGAUAAAACU